AUGUCUGACACUUGUCCAACCUGUGAAAAAAAAGUAUACGCUGCUGAGGAUUACGACAGAUUGUUUAGAUUGAAAGGUUAUGGACAUGGUGGUGUCACUGAUAGUUUCGACCCACAACAAAAGACUGAUGUUGCACCAACAGUCGAACCAGUUGUUGAAUCAUUCUCCAAGCCAGUCUUCGAAGAAACAAUCGAAUUAUUCCCAAAUAACUGUCCAAGAUGUGGAAAGAAAGCUUAUGAGAAUGAGAAGAAGGUUUUCAACUCAAGAGAUUGGCACAAAAGCUGUUUCAGUUGCUUCAAGUGCAAGAAAUCACUUGUUUCUGGACAAUAUUCAGAGCGUAAUGGUUUAGUGUUCUGUCCACGUUGUUAUGAUUCCAACUUUGGUGCUAAAGGAUUUGGAUUCGGUGGAGCAACUGUAUUACAUUAA